AUGAAUCCAUUGGACGCGGCGUAUCGCGAACACGAUAUAGCGUAUUCUCGUAGCAGCGAUCUCACCGACAAACACGCAACGGACGAGGUACUCGCCAGGAGAGCCCUGGGACGCGUUGUCGCGAGAGAUUCGACUCUGGGUGAGAGAGCCACAGCUGCCGCAGUCUGGGCUGCGAUGAAAGCCAAAACCAAGAUCGGCAUGGGUAUGAAAGCGGGUAAUAUAGAGAUGGGGUAUCUUGGCAUAUGCAGAGAUGGGGUACGUUGGCUCUUAUGUAAGGUUAAUUGUAAGUUUGGUUUGAUGUGCAUUGUGUUGACUGCUGUUAUCGCGCGUCAGAAGUGUGUGGACUGUGUGUGGACACGUUUAGACAAGUACGUGAUACAUAACGACAUAAGCAGAAGAAAAAAAAUGAGAAAUUAUAAAAGAAGAACUAACAGAGCUUCUGUACCCGAAGAUAUUGUAUUGAGAGCAGUAAAAGGAGUAGUAGAAGAGGGCGAAAGUUAUACAAGUAUGUCAAAUUCAUACAACAUACCAAGACGAUCAUUAGUUAGAUAUUGUACAGAAUAUAGAAAUGCUAAUGAAACGAGCACAUCGAUUGAAAACAAAUCUUUUAAUGUGGGAUAUAAGAAUUGCUCGAAACAGAUUUUUAAUGCUACGGAAGAAGCUAAAUUAGAAAAAUAUCUUAUGAGAUGUAGUGAUAUUUAUUUUGGAUUGUCACCAAAAGAAGUGCGAAAGUUAGCAUAUCAAUAUGCUGUUGUUGUUAAAGCAAAAAUUCCUGAAAGCUGGACGAAAAACAUGAUGGCUGGACCAGAUUGGUUUAGUAAAUUUAUGAUACGCCACAAGAAAUUAAGAAAAUGUAAUAUUACACCUAAUUUGCCACAUCAGAAUUCUACUUCAGAAAAUAUUGUGGCUACACCUAUAAAGUAUUACACUGAUAGUAAUAUUGACAAUACGGGUAGUAACAUCAAAUUGAAUUCUAAUCGAGAUAAAAACACUCCAACUUAUAUUAAUAAAACCGAACAAAACAAACAGACUACUCCUAAAAUAAUUAAAAAUGAAUUAUGCAAUGCCAAGAUUACUGUUUUGCGAAGUAAUGUGCAAAAUAAUUUAUUGAACAAUCACUUGCAGAAUACAUUUUCUUUAGAAAAAAGUGAUAGUUUUUCUAUAACAAAUUCGCCAUUGAAAGAGUUUAUUUUAUUAAAUUCAUUGACAGCAAUAUCAACGUCAUCUGAGACAUUAGUCACAAAUGAUAUUUCAGUUGUAGCAGUUCGUACUCAAAAUUUUCACAUGUCAUUGCUCCUGAUGUUGAUGCCGGAAAAUCGGUGGAAUGGAAUAAUUGUUCCUGCAAUAACAGUUGUGAUGGUUGGAGUGACAGUUCUUGAUAUGAUUGUUGCGAUAAUGGUUGCUGAGGUGGAUGUGGCUGUUGUUGCAGUAGUGGUUGCUGAGUAUCUGCCUGUACUAUUGCUCGCGCUCGCCAGGCUGGCCAGGCAGGCGUAG